CGUAGAUACAUACAUACGGCGGCUCAGGCGGAGCAACGGAACGGAUUGUGUGCGCUUUCACCUUUGUCGUCCGCUGAAUGGAAGCGAUGCUGUGCAAUGCUGUGACACUGUGGUCGAUUACGCUCUAUCGCACGGAAUCUUCGCUCUGAUGAAUCUUCAAUUUUAAAACAGAAAUCAGUCUUGUCAGACAAAUAUGGAUACAUAUAUCUGUUCUAUAUGGUAUUGACUUUACAUAAAACUUAAAAAAGAUAUUGUACCUAGAUAUGUUACAAGAAGAUGGAAUUCUGAUUUAUACUUGCAAGACAAGGAAAAGAAAAUUUCAAAAUAAGGCAUUUUGUAUAAAAGUCAACGCGAGAAAAAAGUGCGUAGUGAAUUUAAUUAAGGACAAUACAAAGAGUAAGAGUGAAAGAGAAUAAGAACGAAAAUAGUAAAUGCAGUGGCUGAGGAAGCGAUGGAUCCACCGAUAUUUGUUGCAUAUACUCCUCAAACAAAUGGAGUUCCAUUGGAAUCCAAGCUUGCUACCUACAUGAAUCGUCCAAGUCCUGGCGUAACAUUGAGCACAAACUCAGUGACUAAGCACUUGUCCAGUCUUUCUUUGGAUUCGCAAAAGAAGGUAACUGCUAGUCCUGAAUUUGUGCCAGGAAGAGGCCUUACAGGCAGCAAUAGCAGCUCGCCGAAUCUCUUCAAUAACUCCUACACCCAUUCACAGGAGAAUGUAGGUGGCACUACAUAUUUUUAUUUUGGAAAUGCAACCAGCGAUGCUGUUGUAGCAGAAGAUGGCACUGAAGCUAUUGGACACGUAGCAGGAGCGCAGAUUGGCUAUGUUUAUCCAGGUACACCUUCGCAUCUACAACCUGUGAAACCCACGAAACCACCUUCAUCUAAUAAUUCUUCUGCUCCCUCUACACCACCUCCUCAAGCUGCUCCCAGCUUUUUUGUCAGCGAAAGCCUACGGCUGGAUAUCCUGCAGAAGAAUGCACUGACAUUGGCACAACCCGAUGUGGUACGAUUUCCUGACUUACCCAAUGAGGUUGACAAUUAUCACGAGUUAUGUCCCUUAGAGCCGAUGCAUAAACCCGCCUCGACAGUUCUUGGGUAUCAAACUUCUACAUACAAGGCCACCAGUAUCAAGACUGGCACGCGAUACUGUUUACGUCGUGUGCACGAUUUCCGACUUGCCAACACAAAGUGUAUGGUAUUGGUCGACAUGUGGAAGCGGCUGUCACAUACAAAUUUAGUUCAGCUAAGAGAAGUCUUUACUACCAAAGCGUUCGGUGAUCAUUCCAUGGUUUUCGUAUACGAUUAUCAUCCCGCUUCGGAGACGUUGCUGAAUAAGCAUUUUGCUUCGACUGAGCUUAAUGGUUACACAGACCCGUUCUCGUCGGAUCCAAAUGCGCCACGGCCUUAUAGUCACACCAAGAACACUAUUCUAAGGCAACAGCAUAGUAGUAUGCUGCCAGAGAGCGUUAUUUGGAGUUAUAUUAUUCAACUCACUGCCGCAUUUCGCGUUAUUCAUGCUGCUGGCUUGGCAUAUAGAUGCUUAGAUCCCACUAAGGUACUACUUACAUCACGGACGCGACUUCGUUUAAGUUGCGUCGCCAUUCCAGACGUGGUUACUUUAGAUGGGAAUGCCACAAAUCCGCUCACUAUCAUCCCGCAUUAUCAGCAAGAAGAUUUAGUAGCUCUCGGCAAGUUAGUCUUAGCGCUGGCAUGUCGGAGUCUUAUCGCCGUCCAUCGCGACAAUAUGUCAGCGUCCAUUGAGCUGAUCACACGUUCCUACUCUAAUGAUCUUCGAAAUCUUAUUCUAUAUUUGCUGUCAAGUCAACCCCGUAAAAGCGUCACGGAUCUCAUGCCAAUGAUUGGUGCGCGAUUUUACACACAGCUGGAUGCGGCUCAAUUACGAUUGGACGUUCUAGAAAACGAACUUGCCAAGGAAUUGGAGAAUGGACGAUUAUUUAAAUUGCUGGUUAAACUGGCAACCAUUAACGAAAGGCCAGAGCUUAAUAUGGAACCCACAUGGGCAGAGACAGGCGAUCGUUACAUGCUCAAAUUGUUUAGGGACUAUGUAUUUCAUCAAGUAACAGCCGAUGGUAGGCCCUGGUUGGAUUUAGCACAUGUCGUAGCUUGUUUAAACAAGCUUGAUUCCGGUUCGCAGGACAAGAUAUGCCUCAUGUCUCGAGAUGAGCAGAGUGUUUUGGUGGUAAGUUACGCGGAGCUACGGCAAUGCCUGGAAACUUCAUUUGGAGAACUGGUACAAUCUACAAAAGAUGCUGUUUAAGAGAGCGUCUUCGAUAGCGCAUACUCCGAACCAUAAAUGUGAUAUCAUCACUUAGCGGUACUAUCAUUUUACUCUUUAUCGGGUUACUGGAGAGAGUGAGAACUGUCGAAUUGCUUGGUGAUAUAAAAAAUAAUGCGCAACUCAAUUUUGUAUACAUGAUUUUGCUCGUCGAAUCAAUUAAAUAUGACCGCAUUAAAUGCGUUGCAUUUAGGAUGUAAGACGUUAAAUUUUCGGGUUUUUAAGUGUUAAGGAUCUAUAGAUCCUUAAAUCUUUUUGGGUUUUUUUUUUGAAUUUUCCAGUUUUGAUCUUGGAAUCUUUAGACUUUUUGGAAUUCUCAUGUAUGAUAGACAUUCUCUUCGAUUGCAGAGAUUUUGCAAUCCUUGGAUUUUUGAGUCUGAAUUCCUAUAUCUAUUGAUUCUUGGAUCUCUCUUUGGAGUUUUGAUCUCUUAAAAGUUUAAAGUGUGAGUUCGAAGGAGGGGAGGGAAGGAUAUCAUGUGAUUUUGCGAAUCAGUUAAGGUUUGGAUUCGCUCUAUAAAGCCCAUUACGGUACUAUAUAUAAAAAAGAAACUGUACACAACAAUGCAGUAAAUUCUUAAGGAAUCUUAAGAGAACACCUAAACACGCUCGGUGUCUAGGAUAGAAAUCUUAGUUUCUAGGAUACAACAUUAAUGGUAAGCAUUAAUUUUGAAAUAAAUGUUUAUUUUUGAAAGCAAUCCUAAAUAA